GCCAGGGGCCCGGUCUCGCCCUCACUCUUGCCCUCGGUUGCGGAGGCCCACUGACGCCUCCGCCCGAACGGCGGCUCGGGGCUCGACUGCUCUGGCCUGGAGGCGGGGCCGGCGGCGCGGCGUCAUGCAUAUGCAUGAGCAGCGCGGCGGCGGCUCCAUUGUGCCCUCGGCGGGCGGCGGCGCGAUGGCGCGGGCGGCGGCCCCGGGUCGGCGGGCGGUGCGGAGGGCGGGCUGAGCGCAUGGAGCGGCGCGGGCCGGGGGCCGGGCCGGGCCGGUCGAAGCAGCCAGAGCAUCAGAGUCUCCCAUACGCACUGGCAGACCUGGCCUGCAGGCUGCUCUGUCGCCAAUGAACUCCAUGAACCCCAUGAAACCCACCUUGCCCCCGGCGCCACACGGUGAUGCUUCAUUCGCAUACGAGUCUGUGCCUUGGCAGCAGAGCGCCACUCAGCCUGCCGGGUCCCUCUCCGUGGUCACUACUGUGUGGGGAGUCGGCAACGCAACACAGAGCCAGGUUCUGGGGAACCCCAUGGGCCCUGCUGGAAGCCCCCCUGGUGGCUCCAUGAUGCCUGGCGUGGCAGGUGGCGGCCCCGCCUUGACCUCCCCACAGUGUCUGGGACAGCAGGCCUUUGCCGAAGGUGGUGCUAGCAAGGGCUACAUGCAACAAGGCGUGUACAGCCGUGGGGGCUACCCGGGGGGCCCCAGCUUCACCACUGGGUAUGCGGGUGGCCCUGGGGGCCUAGGACUCCCGACACAUGCCACACGACCCUCUGCUGACUUCACACAAGCAGCAGCUGCAGCUGCCAUGGCUGCCGCCGCAGCCACUGCCACCGCCACCGCCACUGCCACCGUGGCCGCCCUGCAGGAGAAGCAGAGCCAGGAGCUGAGCCAGUAUGGAGCGAUGGGGACCGGACAGACAUUUAACAGCCAGUUUCUGCAGCAUGGAGGGCCCCGGGGGCCCAGUGUCCCCCCUGGCAUGACCCCUACCGGCAUGGGGGGCAUGAUAGGCCCCUCUACCCUCUCCCCCAUGACAAUGAACCCCACCCGGGCAGCUGGCCUCACAUCCCUGUAUGCAGGGCAGCGCUUGCCCCAGCACAGCUACCCUGGGUCUGCCCAGGCCCAGCCACUGCCCCGACAGGGUGUCAAGAGGACCUACUCUGAGGUGUACCCAGGGCAGCAGUACCUGCAAGGUGGCCAGUACACACCCAGCACUGCCCAGUACGCGCCUGGCCCUGGGCAGCCCCCUGCCCCCUCCCCCUCCUACCCUGGGCACAGGCUGCCUCUGCAGCAGGGCCUAGGCCAGUCCCUGCCUGUGCCCGGCCCCACGGGACUGCAUUAUAAGCCCGCAGAGCAGUUCAACGGCCAGGGUACCAGUUUCAACGGGGGCAGCGUGAGCUACAGCCAGCCUGGCCUGAGCGGGCCUGCUCGGUCCAUCCCUGGCUACCCCAGUUCCCCACUUCCGGGGAACCCCACACCACCCAUGACGCCCAGCAGCAGUGUCCCCUACAUGUCUCCAAGCCAGGAGGUCAAGUCUCCCUUCCUGCCUGACCUCAAGCCGAGCCUCAGCACAUUGCACCCCUCACCCUCUGGCGGUGGCCCCUGUGACGAGCUGCGGCUGACCUUUCCGGUGCGGGAUGGGGUGGUCCUGGAGCCCUUCCGCCUGCAGCACAACCUGGCCGUGAGCAACCACGUCUUCCAGCUGCGUGACUCGGUGUACAAGACCCUGAUGCUGCGGCCUGACCUAGAGCUGCAGUUCAAGUGCUACCACCACGAGGACCGGCAGAUGAACACCAACUGGCCAGCCUCGGUGCAGGUCAGCGUCAAUGCCACCCCACUGUCCAUCGAGCGUGGGGACAACAAGACCUCGCACAAGCCACUCUACCUGAAGCAUGUGUGCCAGCCGGGCCGGAACACCAUCCAGAUCACCGUCACAGCCUGCUGCUGCUCGCACCUCUUCGUGCUACAGCUGGUCCAUCGCCCAUCUGUGCGCUCCGUGCUCCAGGGCCUCCUCAAGAAGCGCCUGCUGCCAGCUGAACACUGCAUCACCAAGAUAAAGCGGAACUUUAGCAGCGGUACCAUCCCUGGCACCCCUGGGCCCAACGGAGAGGAUGGGGUAGAGCAGACAGCUAUCAAGGUGUCCCUGAAGUGCCCCAUCACCUUCCGCAGAAUCCAGCUCCCUGCCCGAGGCCACGACUGUCGCCACAUCCAGUGCUUUGACCUGGAAUCAUACCUGCAGCUCAACUGUGAGAGGGGGACCUGGAGGUGCCCCGUGUGCAACAAGACGGCACUGCUGGAGGGCCUGGAGGUGGACCAGUACAUGCUGGGCAUCCUGAUUUACAUCCAGAACAGCUCUGACUAUGAGGAGAUCACCAUCGACCCCACGUGCAGCUGGAAGCCUGUGCCUGUGAAGCCCGAUGUGCACAUCAAGGAGGAGCCCGACGGGCCCGUGCUGAAGCGUUGCCGCACCGUGAGCCCCGCGCACGUGCUCAUGCCCAGUGUGAUGGAGAUGAUCGCGUCCCUGGGCCCCAGCAGUGUCCUCUUCGAUCCCCUGCAGCCCCCGUCAGGCACUGCACCCAGCGACUACCCAGUCCAGGGUUCCAGCUUCCUGGGGCCUGGGCCCUUUCCUGAGUCCUUCGCGCCCACUACACCCAGCACCCCGAGCCUCGUGGAGUUCACCCCAGGACCACCCCCCAUCUCCUAUCAGUCAGACAUUCCCAGCAGCCUCCUGACUCCCGAGAAAACCGCUCCCUGCCUCCCGGGCCAGAUGACACCAGCAGGCCACCUGGACCCGGCUCACAAUCCUGGGCCCCCGGGGCUGCACACAUCCAACCUUGGGGGACCCCCUGGCCCCCAGCUGCACCACCCAAACCCUCCCCCAACAUCCCGACCGCCCUUGGGCCAGGCGAGCUCGGGGCCCAUCAGUGAAUUAGCCUUCAAUCCGGCCACAGGCGUGAUGGGGCCCCCCAACAUGCCCGGGCCAGGGGAGGCCCCAGAACCAGCUCUGGACCUGCUCCCGGAGCUCACCAACCCUGAUGAGCUGCUGUCCUACCUGGGCCCCCCCGACCUCCCCACUAACAGCAAUGAUGACCUGCUCUCCCUCUUCGAGAACAACUGACCCCGUGUGACCCCAGCCUGCAGAGGCACCCAGAGAUGUCACCUUGGCUGACCCCAGCCCUGCAGGACACAGGCAGUCCACUCCGGGUCCCUCCACGCACUGGCCAGAGCACCCCACACUGGGUCCCAGGCCUAGGCCCCUGCCCGCCCCGCUGGAUACCGAGUGUCCUGCCCUGCUUGCCCCACCCGCCUGCUCCCGGUCCACCCCAUAUCCCAGGAAGAGCCAGUGCCCACGGGACCACCCAGUGCCAGCGCCAGCCCAGCCAGUGUAUGCCGUGGGCUCUAAAGCACAACGAUGUACAUAGUGUAGUGUGCCAGCCGCAUGUCCCCCACCGUGUGGACCCUGGGCUCUGUCCCUUCCUCUGGGGACAGCUGGGGCGGCCAGUGAGGAGGGGACUCAGCUCCGUGAACAGAAUCUCCAGUGGGCUGCUCUCCCACUCCCCCUUUUCUGUGAAAGUGAAGAAUUAGCUGUGUUUUUUAACCACCUUGUUUCCGCCUGCGGCCCACACCCAGGUAACGGGAGGCUCCACUGCCUCUGCCAGUGCAGGGCCUGUUGUGUCUGCGUCUGUGCGAUCUCUAUUAAAGGACUCCCUCCUGG